AUGACGUCCGAACGACUUCUUAGGCCGUGGAAACCGGAACGUCAAAAGACAUAUAUAUUUCGAAAUGCAAACGUGGUCAACACUACAGAAGGAUCUAUCUUACCAAACACGACUGUCAAGAUUUCCAACGGAUUGAUUGAGUCUGUCUCGAAGACUGAGGAAGACUAUGUGGUUGUCGGAAACGACAACGAGAUUCUGAUUGAUCUCGGAGGCAAGUACCUUUGCCCGGGAUUAAUCGACAACCACGUUCACAUAUCAGCCGUACCUGGAGAGAAGAAUCUGGGAGACCUCUUUGGGCUUGAUAAAGGUAUUUCUUCGAUGAGACAACCAUAUGUCUGUCAGCAAAUGCUUCGUCGAGGAUUCACCAGCGUUCGAGAUUGUGGUGGUGCUCUCCUGCCACUGAAAGAGGCAAUCAAUGAUGGUGUCAUUCAGGGACCUCGAUUAUUCAUUGCCGGUCAUGCUUUGACACAGACGGGAGGUCAUGGAGAUGUCCGCGGCCCUCACAAUCACACGGACUGUUGUGGAGGGACCGUGAUAGCUCUGGGAAGACUUUGUGACGGGGUUCCAGAAUGCAUCAAGGGUGCGAGAGAGGAGUUGAGAACUGGUGCGGACUUCAUCAAGAUCAUGGCUGGAGGUGGUGUUGCUAGCCCUACAGAUAAACUAGAUAAUGUCCAGUUUACAGCAGAGGAAGUAAGGGCCAUAUCAGAAGUGGCCAAGAAUAGCAAUACCUACGUUACAGCUCAUGCAUACACGCCUCGAUCAAUCCGACAUGCGAUCGACAAUGGAGCAACGGGCAUAGAGCAUGGCAAUCUGAUCGAUGUAGAGACAGCAAAACACAUGGCAGAUAGAGACAUUUUCCUCACACCAACGCUCAUCGCAUACGCAGAGAUGGCCUCUCCUGACUUUCCAGGUUUCCUACCCAUCGAAUCCGAGACGAAGAACGCCGAGGUCCUCCGUGCCGGCCUACGAUCCCUCAAGCUUGCAUCAGAUGCCGGCGUUACGAUUUGCUAUGGAACUGAUCUACUGGGUCCACUUGGCAUUGCCCAGACGAAAGAAUUUACGCUACGAGCUCAGGCACUCAGUCCGAAGGCAAUCCUGCAAAGCGCCACGAUUAAUCCGGCAAGGAGAUUUGGAUUUCCUGGGUUCCUGGGGCAGAUUCAGCCGGGAUUUGCAGCUGAUAUGCUUAUCUUGAAUGAGAAUCCCUUGGAUGAUAUCAGUAUCUUUGAUGAUCCGGAUAAGCACUUGUUGGCGGUGAUCAAGGAUGGGAGGGUGUUCCAUAGCCGGUGGACCAAAUUAUCUCAGGAUGUUGUGAAAGCCGCGCCAAUGAUUGAGUGA